AUGGCCAAUCUUACCACAGGGACCAGAUUCCUCCUCCUGGGCUUCUCCGAUGUCCGGGAGCUGCAGCUGGUCCACGCCACGCUCUUCUUCCUGGUCUACCUGGUGGCCCUGGCAGGGAAUCUCCUCAUCGUCGCGAUCACCACCCUCAACCGGCGCCUCUACACCCCCAUGUACUUCUUCCUCAAGCACCUGUCCGUCCUUGACCUGUGCUACAUCUCCGUCACUGUUCCCAAGUCCAUCGCCGACUCCCUGAUGGGGAACAGCUCCAUCUCCUUCUGGGAGUGCGUGUUUCAGGUCUUCUCUUUCGCAAUCCUGGCCAAUGCCGAGAUGGCCUUCCUCACGGUCAUGUCCUUCGACCGCUACGUGGCCAUCUGUCUGCCGCUCCGCUAUGAGGUCCUCCUGAGGAGGCGCGUCUGCCAGCGUCUGGCGGUGGCCGCGUGGUUCAGUGGAGGCCUCUGCGCCAUCCUGCACGUGGCCAACACGUUCUCCCUGCCCUUCUGUGGCUCCAGAACCAUCCGCCAGUUCUUCUGCGACGUCCCCCAGCUGCUGAAGCUUGCCUGCCCUGAGGGGAUUCUGGGAGAAGUAGUGGUCUCCGGCAUCCUGGCCUCACUGGCGUCCCUCUGCUUCAUCGCCAUCCUGCUCUCUUAUGCCCACAUCUUCUCCACGGUGCUAAGGAUGGCAUCCGCUGAGGGUCGGGCCAAAGCCUUCUCUACCUGCCUGCCCCACCUUGGGGUGGCCACCCUGUUCCUCUCGACCAGCGGCUUUGAAUACCUGAAGCCGACGGUGGACUCUGCCUCGGCCCUGGACCUCGGCAUUUCUGUCUUCUACACCGUGGUGCCCCCCACACUAAACCCCGUCAUCUACAGCCUGAGGAAUAGGGAAAUGAAGGCUGCUAUGGCCAGAGUCCUGGGGAGGAAAGGGUCCUUCUGAAUGUAAUCCCUUUGGCCCGGUUGGGAGA